CUAUUCCACCCUCCACUGACACCAACGAUGGGGCACUAUUCCUCCCCCCACUGACACCAACGAUGGGGCACUAUUCCUCCCCCCCCACUGACUCCAAUGAUGGGGCACUAUUCCUCCCCCCCACUGACACCAACGAUGGGGCACUAUUCCACCCCCCACUGACACCAACGAUGGGGCACUAUUCCACCCCCCCACUGACACCAACGAUGGAACACUAUUCCUUCCCCCACUGACACCAACACACUUGGGGGGAAAUGUCUG